CUCAACCAUAUUGUACACCCAGCCGUACGGUGGGAAAUGUUCAAAUCUGUAGUCGGAUACUACUUCCGUGGCCACUGGGCAGUUGUGCUCGAUAUACCACUGCUCUUUGAAAGUGGCCUCGACAAACUCUGUGGUGUCGCGGCUGUCGUUGCCGUCCGCGACCCAGCAAUCCAGAUGCAGCGCCUGCGAGCGCGGGAUCCUCACCUCAGCGCAGAAGAUGCAGAGAACAGAGUGCGCAGCCAGACCGAUGUGCGGGAAAAGGCUCAGAGGUGCGAGGAACGGGGAGAAGGCAAGGGUAUCGUGCUUUGGAAUGAUGGAUCGCGAGAGGAUUUACAGGUGCAGCUGGACAAGGCGAUCAAGGGGUUGAAGAAGGAGACUCCGGACUGGUGGACGUGGUUGCUUCUUGGAUGUCCACCUCUGGCUGUUGCAGUUGCGACGUGGAGGUUUUGGCAGAAUCUGAUUAUCAACGAGAGAUGGGAGGAGAAGAAAUUGCAGGCUAAACUGUAGGUAGAGUCAUUUGCUGGCAUCCAACUAAAGUUUGAACGCAGAAAUUUACAUAAGGAAGGAAACACCAUGAGCCUGAUAUGGUGGCAGGUGGACUGCAGAAAAAUCAGUAAGG